AUGGUCUCCUUCAACGCUCUUUUCGUUGCUGCCGCAUUGGCUAGCUCUGUCAUCGGUGCUCCCGUCCAAGGAGCCAAUGGAGGCAAGCGUGGUAUGGCCUACAACGAUCCUCAGGCCGUUGCUGCCUUCAAGGGAACUCGUGCCUCCGCCUGGGCCUACAACUGGGGCUCCAACUCCAACAACAUUGGUAACGGCAUCGACUAUGCCCCCAUGCUCUGGGGACAAAAGUUCUUCAACGACUGGACGAAAUCCACCCCUUCGAUCCUCUCCACUGGCUGCAAAUAUGUCCUCAGCUUCAACGAGCCUGAUAUCCCCUCCCAGGCAAACAUGUCUCCUCAGGAUGCUAUCCAGGCACACAAGCAAUACAUGAAACCCUUUGUUGGAAAAGCCUCUAUCGGUUCCCCUGCAGUCUCUAACGGUGGUGGCGAGAUGGGUCUCAGCUGGCUGGGCAAGUUCCUCGACGGCUGCGCUGGACAAUGCAACAUUGACUUCCUUAACGUCCACUGGUACGACUCCGCUCAGAACGUCGACGCUUUCAAGAAGCACAUCACCGAUUCCAUCAACUUGGCCCACAAAUUCAACAUCGACAAGGUCUGGCUCACUGAAUUCCGCGGAGACGGUGACGAGAACUCUCAGGUUCAGUUCUUGCACCAAGUUCUUCCAUGGCUUGACAACAACCCUGGUGUUGCCCGUUACUCCUACUUCAUGGCCGACGACCUCGUUAAGGGUGGCCAACUCACUUCUGUCGGCCAGGCCUACGCUUCUUAA